CUCUACACUAAACCACGUCUGUGUGUGUGUGCCUCCUCUGCCUCUGGAACCUGACCAUCUUCCUCCAAACACGAUUCGAUUAUCUUACGUCUCGAUCUCUGCCUUGUUUUUAUUCUGUGACAUUCCCUGAUGUUUGUUCCGAGAAUUCUCUCGCGAGUUUCCCGCAGCGCGGGCUUACGCUCCUCUCUCUCCGCCGCCGCUCUUCCGGCGAGGAACCGGACUCCUAUAUUCUCGAGCCGGUAUCACUCCAUCGUUAACGAAUUUUCACAAAAGAUUGCUGCAGCUCAGGUGCUGCCUCUUGGUUCGUUUCCACUCCAAAGGUUCUCUUUUUCUUCUUCCUCCACCACGCCUGAAUCAAAUGAAAAGGAGAGCAACGCUGAAGCCUCGAAGACAUCUGGAGAGAAAGCUACAGCUGAGGCAAACGAUUCAGGUCCUGACUCAGAACCCUCCAAUGUUUCGAGAAGGAGGAAAAGUGCUAAACGAGCUGCAGUUCCUGAUUCAGAUUCCGGGAGUGAUGAUGAUGAUGAUGAGGAGUUGUCCGUGGAUGAUUUGAGGAAGCUCGUUGCUGAGAAGGCAGAGCUGCUUUCUGAAAAGGAGGAAGAGAUUAAGCAAAUGAAAGAUAAAGUUCUUCGCACUUACGCAGAGAUGGAGAAUGUUAUGGACAGAACAAGACGUGAUGCUGAAAACACCAAGAAGUAUGCCAUACAGAAUUUUGCAAAGAGCCUUUUGGAUGUGGCGGAUAAUCUUGGAAGAGCUUCUUCGGUUGUCAAGGAAAGCUUCUCAAAGCUUGACACUACGGAAGAUUCAGCCGGAGCUACUCCGCUCUUAAAGACCCUUUUAGAAGGUGUGGAGAUGACUGAGAAACAGCUUGCUGAGGUGUUUAAGAAAUUUGGUAUGGAGAAGUACGAUCCUAUCAACGAGCCGUUUGAUCCAAACAGACAUAACGCAGUGUUUCAAGUCCCAGAUGCUUCUAAGCCAGAAGGCACAGUUGCUCAUGUCCUGAAGUCUGGUUACACGUUGUUUGAUCGAGUUAUAAGACCGGCUGAGGUUGGUGUUACUCAAGGAGGAGAGGCUGAAGAAAACAAGAAAGAGUCUGAUGCUUAACAAGGAGUCAGCUGGUUUUCAUAAGUUUUUGCUACUGUUCUUUGUUUCGAGCUACUCAGUUAACAGAAGUCAUAGUUUUUCUCUUGUCGUUUGGUUAUUCAUUGGAUGAACAUGAUCUUCCCAUAAGUUGCUGGACAUGGCAGCUUGCUUUUGUAUCUGUUGCAGUACUUCUACACACAAACACUCUACCACGUCUCUUUUGAUAAAUUAAUCAGAUACAAAUAAAAGGUUUA